AUGGCAUCCAAGGAAGUUGCAAUAAUUGGUGCCGGUCUCUCAGGUCUCGCCCUCGCCCUCGCGUUGAACCAGCAGAAUAUUCCGUGCACAAUCUAUGAAUCUCGCUCAGCUUCUCUUGAUAUCGGUGGUGCUAUUAUGCUUUCUCCAAAUGCACUCCGUAUACUGGACACAUUGGGAAUUUACAAGACUAUCAAGCCCCUCGGCUAUGAAUUUAAGAGGCUACAUUUCUACACCGACAAGCCACUUGACUCAUACGAGUUUGGAGAUGACGAGAAAUAUGGAUACGACGCCCUACGUAUCUAUCGUUACGAAUUGAUUGAUGCCCUUCUGAAGGCUGUUCAGGAAAGAGAAAUACCUAUCCACUACGGAAAAAAGUUCAUCAAAGUCAAUUCUGAGACCGAAACGGAGGUGACAUGGGAUUUUGAAGAUGGUGAAACUGGCCAAGCUGCCUGUCUAGUCGGGGCAGAUGGCAUCCAUUCUCGAGUCCGGAAAUAUCUCUACCCUGAGCUCGAGCCACACUUCACCAACGCAGUUGGAGUCACCGCUGCGGUUUCUAGAUCUCAAAUUGACCAAGGCUCAUAUGAAAUGCCUCUCACCAUCAUGAAUCCCCAACGCGGUGCUUUCGUGAUCGCACCUCAGCUUCCUGAUGGGUCGGAGGUUUUAAUUGGAAAACAGAAACGUGUUCCGGAGCUUGACCGCCAGGGCUGGAAUGAUUUGAUGAGCAACAAGGAGUGGUGUGUCGACUUUUUACGGGAUGGUGCAGAAGAUUUCCCGCAAGUUGUACAGUCGGCUGUCAGCGAUAUCCCACUGAACAAGAUCAACUUGUGGCCUUUCUAUGUGGUCCCCAAACUUGAUACCUGGGCCUCAAAGAAUUCUCGUGUGGUGAUUCUUGGUGAUGCGGCUCAUGCUAUUCCUCCUUCGGCAGGCCAGGGUAUCAAUCAAGCAUUUGAGGAUGUAUACACCUAUGCUUUGGUCCUGUCGAGAUGCCAACAGCAGAAUUUGGCUCAUGGUUUGGAAGUUUGGCAACAAGGUCGGCAAGGCCGCGUUGAUCGAGUCCUAGAACUAAACAAACAAAUUGAUGCUAGACGGAUGCCAAAGGAGGCCAAGCAUGCGCCUUCGGAGCUGGAUACUAAGGCAUUCGACUUGGAGUGGCUCUAUAGUCCUUGUUUUAACACCAUGGUCGAUGAAUGGUUUCAACCAGCUAUCUGA